AUGUCUUCGCCCAUCAUCACCUCCAUCCUCACAUUCUUUCUCAUCGUCUCGCCUUCAUUGAGCUUCACCCCUAAGCCACGAUGCGGGAGCUGCGACGGUAGCGCCCAACUCUUCUCCUCCAACGAUUGUAGCAACCCUAUUCAGGGAACGUACCAGGAAUGGGGAAACUCAGACGAAUCCAAUGCGCCACUCCCAUGCACGACAAUUUCUGGGUCCAACCCACUGAGCCUCAACAAGACAAUGUCUGGAAAUCGUUGCAGCCUUAUUGUCUACUCGGACGAAGAAUGCAAGCACUUUCUCGACGCGAGCUCCAUCUCGUGGAGUGGAUGCGCCAACAUUAACGGGGGCGCGCAAAGUUGGGAGAUUUUUUGCACCCCGAGAACGGAGCCGUUUUGUUGA